CACUAUAUAUAUAUAUAUGACGUACACACAUAAUAUUAAAUUUCAUGUUAUAUAUAGCACAUCCAUAUCAAUAAAACAUAACACUAGAAAUUAAACAAGUUGGGCACCUCAAAAUCAGCUCACUCCCUACUUCUCUCUCUCUCUCAAUGUAAUCACCCCAAAAUCAAAAUGUGGCCAAGUGAUGACCAAACUUGCACCUCAAGCAUUGAUGACCCUCCAUCACCGCCGCCGCCGCUCCGCCACCACUGCGUGGCGACUCUCAAGGGCCACACCUCCUACACUUCCGCCCUCGCCCUCGCCGGAGAGCACCUCUUCACGGGCUCCUCCUCGGGCCAAAUCCACCGCGCCGGCCUAACCUCCCUCCCCCACCACCAAACCCUACCCGACGACGCCAUGAUCGCCGCCGGAGAAGGCGCCGUGAAGGCCCUGGUCGCCUCCUCCGGCAAGCUCAUCACCGCCCACCAAGACCACAAGAUCCGAGUAUGGAGUGUCGACCACGCCGCCGGCAACCAGCAUCAGCGAAUCACGCAGCUGGCGACGCUCCCAACCCUGAGCGACCGAGCCGUGAAGCUCCUCCUGCCGGGCAACCACGUCCGAGUCCGGCGCCACAAGACGUCCACAUGGGUCCACCACGUGGACGCCGUGUCGGCGCUAGCCCUCUCCGGAGACGAGUCGCUCCUCUACUCGGUCUCAUGGGACAGAACCCUCAAGAUAUGGAGGACCGCCGACUUCAAAUGCCUGGAGUCCGUCGCCGACGCCCACGACGACGCCAUCAACGCCGUGGCCCUCUCGGGCAACGGCGCCGUCUACACGGGGUCCUCCGACGGGAAGAUCAAGGUGUGGACGAGGAGGCAAGGGGAGAAGGCCUACUCAUUGGCUGCUACGCUAACCAAGCACAAGGCCGGGAUCAACACCUUGGCGAUGAGCCACGACGGCGCCGUUUUGUACUCCGGCGCCUCCGACAGACUGGUGUGCGUGUGGAGGAGCGACGGCGCUGGAGGUGGAAUGGCGGCGGUGGCGGCGCUGAGGGGGCAUGCGAAGGCAGUGCUGUGCUUGGCUGCGGUGGCGGACAUGGUCUGCAGUGGGUCUGCGGAUCAAACGGUGAGGGUGUGGAGAUCAGGGAUUGGGAAAUCAUCGUAUGCGUGUGUAGCGAUUCUGCAAGGCCAUCGAGGGCCUAUCAAAUGCAUCGCGGUUGCGUUGGAUCAUACUUGUUCAACCGCAUUUCUUCUCUACACUGCUGCUCUUGAUUGUGAUAUUAAAAUUUGGAGAUUAAUUAUGCCUCACUCUAUAAGAUAAUUACAUUUAAGAUGUGAUUAGAAUUAAGAAGCGGUUGUUUGAGAAUUGAAAGGGUGAUGCUUCUUUAUGGUUUUGUUCGUUUGUGUACAUGGAUUAUGACGAUAUAGAUAUUGACAGGUGUACCUAAUCAAGUAAUUAAUGUAUGUGUAUGGGCA